CUGCCCUCUCCCCACACCCAGGCCCUGUUUGUGCUUUUCGUGCUGGCCUACAUACACAUUGUCUUCUCCCGGUCGCCCAUCAACUGCUUGGAGCAUGUUCGCGAUCGAUGGCCGCGGGAGGGCGUUCUCAGGGUGGAGGUGCGCCACAACUCAAGCCGGGCGCCCGUGGUCCUGCAGUUCUGUGAGGGGGGCCUCAGCGGCCUGGAGCUGGAGCCAGGGGGCCUGGAGCUGGAGGAGGAGGAGGAGCUGACUGUGGAGAUGUUCACCAAUAGCUCCAUCAAGUUUGAGCUGGACAUCGAGCCCAAGGUGUUCAAGCCACCAGAUGGCACAGACGCCCUGAACGACAGCCAGGACUUCCCUUUCCCCGAGACGCCGGCCAAAGUGUGGCCGCAGGACGAGUACAUCGUGGAGUACUCCCUGGAAUACGGCUUCCUGCGGCUGUCGCAGGCCACGCGCCAGCGCCUGAGCAUCCCGGUCAUGGUGGUCACCCUAGACCCCACGCGGGACCAGUGCUUCGGGGACCGCUUCAGCCGCCUGCUGCUGGACGAGUUCCUGGGCUACGAUGACAUCCUCAUGUCGAGUGUGAAGGGCCUGGCGGAGAAUGAGGAGAACAAGGGCUUCCUGAGGAAUGUGGUGUCCGGGGAGCACUACCGCUUCGUCAGCAUGUGGAUGGCGCGCACGUCCUACCUGGCGGCCUUCGUCAUCAUGGUCAUCUUUACCCUGAGUGUGUCCAUGCUGCUCCGCUACUCGCACCACCAGAUCUUCGUCUUCAUCGUGGACCUGCUGCAGAUGCUGGAGAUGAACAUGGCCAUCGCCUUCCCCGCAGCGCCCCUGCUGACCGUCAUCCUGGCCCUCGUCGGGAUGGAGGCCAUCAUGUCCGAGUUCUUCAACGACACCACCACGGCCUUCUACAUCAUCCUCAUCGUGUGGCUGGCCGACCAGUACGACGCCAUCUGCUGCCACACCAACACCAGCAAGCGGCACUGGUUGAGGUUCUUCUACCUGUACCACUUCGCCUUCUACGCCUACCACUACCGCUUCAACGGGCAGUACAGCAGCCUGGCCCUGGUCACCUCCUGGCUCUUCAUCCAGCAUUCCAUGAUCUACUUCUUCCACCACUACGAGCUGCCGGCCAUCCUGCAGCAGAUCCGCAUCCAGGAGAUGUUGCUGCAGAUGCCGCAGCUGGGCCCUGGGACGCCCACGGCGCUGCCCGACGACCUCAACAACAACUCCGGCUCCCCGGCCGCCCCCGACCCCAGCCCUCAGCUCGCGCUGGGCCCCGUGCCUUCCUCACGGCGCCCGCGCGGGGCCGAGCGCCCAGGCCCGGACUCGCAGGUGGCGGCUCAGGACGCGGGGCGCACGUUCUACGCUAUUUAA